AUGAAAGGCGGCUUUUGUUUAGCGACGAUUCUCAGUCAGGUUGAAUCUGUUUUGCGAGGGGCCGCCGCAAUGGGAAGGGCUGACUCGCAUCAGUCAGAUGGACGUAUGAAUGUCCGACAUCAGCAAUUGGAAUUAAGCACCAAUUCAAAAAACAAGCUGAAGCUCUGUGAACACAGUUGGAAGGCCGGGGAUGAAAAAGGCGGUGGAUGGGUCCUCGGCUCGAUUUCUCCAUUAAUGGGCUGGUUCAUUCUCAUUGGUUUGUUCGCAGGCGGCAGUAUAGCUUUCUCACGUGAUAACAUCUAUCGGUUACUUGGAAGCAAGAGUCACCCCUGUACAAGAGUUUUCAAAUUCUUAAUUGCCGACUCAGCCGGGUUUUCGGAAGGCAGAACUGGGAGCAGUCAGGCUGAUCCAUCAGAGGCAGUGAAACUGAGAUUGGCGAAUGGGAGCAGUCGGUGCGCAGGAAGAGUGGAGAUUCACUACAGGGGGAAGUGGGGGACUGUGGAUGAUAACAGCUGGGACCUGCAGGACUCCACUGUUGUGUGUCGGGAGCUGGGCUGCGGGACCGCGGUCUCUGCACCGGGCAAGGCUCACUUUGGGGAAGGAUCCGGACCCAUUGUGACGUAUGGUGUUCAGUGCAGCGGGAACGAGGCCGCCCUGCGCGAGUGUAGAUCAGCUCGCUGGGCUCACUAUUCCUGGUCACACAGCGAUGAUGCCAGCGCGAUCUGCUCAGCGUUAUAUUACUGGAUGAAAUGCGGAGAGUUCUCCAAACCCGCCCCCAAGAAAUCCGGGCACAUGGACUUCGCCUGGUCACCAUCAGAACUGAUUCAUCAGCAAUGUAACACAUUGUUGGAUUUUGUUGCACAGGGCAGCAAUUGGAACUAUGAAACCCGCUUGGUUGGUGGUGGGGACCAGUGUUCCGGCCGGGUAGAAGUGCUGCACGGAGAGCAGUGGGGGACGCUGUGUGAUGUUCACUUUGCUUUAGAGGACGCCAGUGUGGUGUGUGAGCAACUUCAGUGCGGGGCGGUAAAGGAAAUCCCCAGAAACUCUCCCUUUGGGAAGGGAACCGGCCUGGUGUGGAAGGAAAAUUACAGGUGCCGCGGGAACGAAUCCCGAUUGUCGGAGUGUCCGGUUACAUCCGGGGAAAAUUUUAACUGCUCACAUGGAAAUGACGCGAGUGUCACGUGUUCGGCUAUCGGCAUUGAAGAAGGAUUGGAAGAUUAUUGCCAUUAUCUGGCGAUUUCGGCUCUGACAUUGGUCAUGCUCCUUGAGUACAUCUCGGCAAUUCCAGAUGAAAGCUGGUCUUUGAGAUUGACGAAUGGGGGAAGCCGCUGUGAUGGUCGGGUGGAAAUUUACCACAACGGUCGCUGGGGCAGAGUACAGGACAGCCUCUGGGACCUCAAUGAUGCUAACGUAGUCUGCAGGCAACUAGGUUGUGGUGUCGCAAUUGCCGCUUAUACCUUUACAAAGUAUGGAGAGAGUGAAGGGCCUGUGUGGGUGAAUGAUGUCCAGUGUGGAGGAAACGAAUUGCAUCUCCGCAACUGCAGCUCAUUUGCAAUGAAUUCGUCUCUCAAUGGGAGUAUCGGCGUCGGGGUUCUGUGUUCAGAACACAAACAGUUAAGGCUGUCAGACGGUGGAAGCCCAUGUGCAGGCCGAGUGGAGAUUUAUUACAACGGGACCUGGGGCUCAGUUUGUGAUGAUUCCUGGGAUCUGACAGACGCUGAUGUCGUUUGCAAACAGUUGCAUUGCGGAAAGGCUUUGGAAGUGACACUUCCUGCCUCUUGGGGACGAGGCUCAGGUCCAGUUUGGCUGGAAGGCUUGAACUGUUCAGGGGAGGAAUCGUUUCUCUGGCAAUGCCCCUCGGCAUAUUGGGGUUCGCACGACUGUACUCAUAAAGAAGAUGUGAAGAUCAUGUGCUCAGAACACAAAGAGCUGCGGCUGGUGAAUGGAAAGCAUCGCUGUGAGGGGAGGGUGGAAGUGUUCUACAAUGGGACCUGGGGAACAGUGUGUUCGGAAGCACUGGAUCGCCAUGAUGCUGAGGUGAUCUGUAAGCAGUUUCAGUGUGGCCCCCUGGUUUCUAUAGACUAUACCACUCAGUCAUUCGGAGAAGGAUCCGGAACUAUUUGGCUCGAUGAGAUGGAAUGUAAUUUUCACGAGUCGGCCAUUUGGCAAUGUCGGACAGAUCCGUGGGGACAACACAACUGUAAUCACAGAGAAGAUGCAGGAGUUUCCUGUUCAGUAGGAAAGAUAACGAAGGGACAACCGCACAGUGAAAAGGAUUGCAGUCGAGAAUCUGAUUCGGAUGCAGGUUUGCGUCUGGUUGGGGGUAACACCAACUGCUCCGGGCGAGUGGAGAUAACGUGCAAUAAUACCUGGGGCACGGUGUGUGAUGACUCCUGGGACAUGGCCGAUGCCAAUGUUGUUUGCAGGCAGCUGAAUUGUGGAUCUGCUCUACUGGCCACUGUGGGGGCCGCAUUUGGCCAGGGUGAAGGUGAUAUCUGGUUCGAUGAGGUGAGGUGUACCGGAAGCGAGUCCUUUCUCUCCGAUUGUCCUUCCUCAGGAUCUGCUCAAUCUGACUGUGAUCACAAGGAGGACGCCAGUGUGAUUUGUUCCGGUCAUGAAGAUGAUAUUACUUCCAUCCCUCUUGUGAUUGGUAUAACACUCGGGAUCCUGUUGAUCUGUGAGUUCAUCGCACUAAUUGUGCUAAUGCAGAGACAAUCAUCAAGGAAAGGUUCUGUCACUGGCGGUUGGGGUUCGCCGACUGCUAUGUCCCAAGCAAUUUAUGAAGAAAUUCAAGAUAUUCCGCCUGUCAAGGAUCCUGCUCUGACCCGUGGCUCAGUACAUUUGGCGAAUGUUCCGGAAAAGUUGACGUUAUGUAAUAAACACCCGGGCAUUGCGACACGGACCAUGAAUUAUUUUGACCUCUACUCCAAUGGGCUGAAUAUUUCUGCAGCGUGA